AUGCUGCGGCGGCGGCUGCUCGGGGCGCUGCUGCUGCUGGCCGGGGCGGCGGCGGCGGGCUCGGCGGGGCCGGUGCUGAGUGCCGAGCUGCGCGGCCAGCCGGCGCGGGAGGUGAGCCCGGCUUUCCUCUCCCUCACCAUCGAUGCCAACCUGGCCGCGGACCCCAGGUUCAUCCCCAUCCUGGGCUCUCCCAAACUGCGCACCUUAGCAAGAGGUUUGUCUCCAGGCUUCCUGAGAUUUGGUGGCACCAGAACUGACUUCCUGAUCUUCAAUCCAGAGAAGGAUUCAACUUUAGAAGAGAGAGACUUUUGGGAACCACAGGUGAAUCAAGGUAUUUGUGGAGUAAGAUCUAUUCCUACUGCUGUGGAGGAGCUACUGCUAUCUCAGUGGCCCAUCCAGGAGAAGAUACUCCUUAAGGAACAAUACUGGAAAAAAUACAAAAACACCACCAUUACAAAAAGUACAGUGGACAUUCUGUAUAGCUUUGCAAAGUGUUCAAAGCUGGAUCUGAUCUUUGGCCUUAAUGCCUUACUUCGAAAACCUGGCUUGCAGUGGGAUAGUUCAAAUGCUCAGUUGCUCUUGGAUUAUUGUGCUUCCCAACAUUACAACAUGUCUUGGGAACUUGGGAAUGAGCCAAACAGUUUCAGGAAGAAGUCUGGCAUCUAUAUUGAUGGUUCCCAACUUGGGCAAGACUUUAUUCAUCUGUAUCACCUUCUGAGAAACUACAGCAGUUACAAGAAUUCAAAACUUUAUGGCCCUGAUGUUGGUCAACCACGGAAAAACACUCAGAAGUUGUUGAAGAGCUUCCUGAAAUCAGGAGGGAAAGUAAUUGAUUCUGUUACCUGGCAUCAUUACUACGUAAAUGGACGAAGCGCUACCAGAGAGGAUUUCUUGAGCCCUGAAGUGCUGGAAACCUUUAUUACAGCAGUAAAAGCAGUUCUUCAGAUUGUUGAUGGAACUGUACCUGGUAAAAAGGUGUGGCUAGGAGAAACAAGUUCAGCCUAUGGAGGUGGAGCUCCCAGACUGUCUAAUACAUAUGUUGCCGGUUUUAUGUGGUUGGACAAAUUAGGACUGUCAGCCAGAAUGGGUAUUGAUGUGGUGAUGCGACAAGUGUUCUAUGGAGCAGGAACCUAUCACCUGGUGGAUGCAAAUUUUGAACCUUUGCCUGAUUAUUGGCUUUCUCUGCUGUACAAAAAACUGGUCGGCACCAAGGUACUGAAAGUUGGCCUGAAGGGAGCAGAUCCGAAGAAGCUUCGAGUGUACCUUCAUUGCACGAAUAACCACAACCCAAUGUACAAAGAAGGGGAUGUUACUCUGUUUCUUUUAAACCUCUAUAAUGUUACCAAACACGUGCAGUUGCCCCAUAACUUAUAUAAUAAGCAUAUAGAUGAAUACCUUUUAUUACCUCAUGGGGAACAGCACAUACUUUCCAGGUCUGUUCAGUUGAAUGGUCAUGUCUUAAGGAUGGUGGAUAACAAAACACUGCCAGCACUUACUAAGAAACCCCUCCCUCCCGGGAGUACUCUUGGCCUUCCAGCUUUCUCAUAUGGAUUUUAUGUAGUAAAAAAUGCAAAAGCUAUUGCUUGCAUUUAAACAUUGAACACAUCCUCACAGGACGGUUGCAGGCGCAUUGUAGCUAAAACUCAGGUUUGAUACUAGGGGGUCACGUUUUUGCAAUAAGCAUUAACUCUGGCAAACUUGCUGCAAAUCUGCUGGAGUGGCAGCAACAGCAAAAGCUGGGGGAGGAGAGGGCAUAAAUGCAUAUUGUGUACUGUGUACAUGAACCAUAUUGAUGUAAACCUGCAAGAACAUUUUCCCCAGGUUUUGGGGAGUUGCUUCCUUCCUCUCUUGGGCCCCCAGUGGUCCACUUAGCAGCAAGUCCUUCUCUAUUCCGCACACUCCUGUCACAGGAGCUGAUUACACUGUGUCUGCAGAUCUGCCAGCCAAAGACUUAGAUAUUCCCUCAUGGUCUAGGUUAUAUAAAUUUAAGCACAAUUGUUAUAGCAGCCUUUUUUUUCUGAGAGCAGAUGACGUUCAUGAGGGCUUUUU